UGUCUUUUUCAGACGAACCUUGUUUUGAUACGGAAAUAGAAAUGGUCCUAAAACAUGAAAUACACAAAACAGUGCCAAAAAUUGUUGUAGAUUGCUGUGAUAUUGUAUAUGAAAAAUAUCGUGAAUCGUCGGUACCGGUUGAAGGAAUAUAUAGACAGUGUGGCGAUUAUAAUAAAAUACAAACUUUGCGAUUUCGUAUUGAUGGCAAUGAUUACGAAUCGCUUCGGCAACCGAAUAUUGAUAUUCAUACAGUGACAGGAGUAUUGAAGUUGUUUUUACGUGAAAUUAAGAGUCCUUUGAUAAGUUCAAAUGAAGCAAAAACAUUUAUUGGAAAACCAAAUCAAUGGUUUGUUAUCAAUUGUAAUGAAGAUAAUACAAGGUCUAGAAAAUUGAUUUACAUAAAGAAUUCAAAAUUAAGAAAGUCAAAUAAAGAAAGUCAAAAUUCCAAGAACAAUCAAUAA